UGGCCUAGAUGGGGACGAGUAUAUCAUCCACAUACACAAAAUAUAUCUAAAUGGCAGCAGAGAGAGAGAGAGAGAGAGGCUGAGGCAGAGAAGUGAGAAUAUGGCUCAAGCAGAUAACUCUAACAGAUGGAGUCUUCAUGGCAUGACUGCACUUGUUACUGGUGGAACCAAAGGAAUCGGGCAUGCUAUCGUAGAGGAAUUGGCAGGACUAGGAGCUAGAGUUCAUACAUGCUCCCGAACUGAAACUGACCUCAACAAAUGCUUACUUGAAUGGAAAGCAAAGGGUUUCCAAGUUACAGGUUCGGUCUGUGAUGUUUCAUUUCAGGCCCAAAGGGAGAAGCUACUAAACACAGUCUCCUCUGAAUUUGAGGGGAAACUUAACAUCUUGAUAAACAAUGUUGGGACGAAUGUUAUGAAACUGGUUUCGAAGUACACAGCGGAAGAAUUUUCAUUUCUUAUGAGUACCAAUUAUGAGUCAGCUCAUUACGUGAGCCUACUUGCACAUCCUCUUUUGAAAGCUUCAGGAGCAGGAAGCAUUGUGUUUCUCUCUUCAGUUGCUGGCCUAACUCCAGUAAGAUAUGCGUCUAUAUAUGGAGCCGCAAAAGGGGCCAUAAACCAGCUUGCAAAACUCUUGGCAUGUGAAUGGGCUGGAGAUAAUAUUCGGGUUAAUGUUGUUGCGCCAUUUGUGAUCAGAACUCCCCUCACUGAAAGUGUUAUUCAAGAUGAAAAAUCAAUUGAGGCCAUCAUCAAUCUAAUUCCGAUGGGACGCAUUGCAGAGCCAAAGGAUGCGUCGGCGACGGUGGCAUUCCUGUGCUUACCUGCAGCUUCUUAUAUAACAGGGCAGAUUAUUUGCGUUGAUGGAGGGGUGACAUUGAGAGGCGUCUUCUUCCCAAGAAACAUACCCUGAAAACACAACUGUUCCCAAGUCCCAACCCAAAUUUGUAGUUUUGUAACGUAUAAGACACUUUUGAACUAGAGGUUGCAUGGACUGGGCCAAGAUGGGCUAUGGCUCGAGCCUCGGGAAGCUAGUGAGCCCACUUACAAGCCCAAACUUUGGUAAUAAUAAUUGCACUUUUUUAUAUAU